AUGAAAAAAAUGCAGAUGAAAGAGCAUAGUGGACCAUAUCCGUUUGGUUUGGAUCCAGUAUGGAGCGCAGCUGAGAACAAACUGAGCUAUUUGAAUCCACUGAAAAUGAAGCUGUCUGUGAUUAUUGGCGUAUCGCAAAUGACUUUUGGUCUCGUCCUCUCGCUUUUCAAUCACAUCUAUUUCAAAUCGGUGGUGGAUAUCCUUUUUGUAUGGAUUCCAGAACUUUUAUUCCUGGCAUGCAUUUUCAUCUAUCUUUGUAUACUGGUAAAUUUAUUUUUAAUUUUGAAAAACAACAGGCAUUGA